AUGAAAGUCCUUUUCCAGCAGGUGCCCCUCCUCAACGCCCUGCUCCAGUAUAUCGACAAGGUCCUCCUCCAGGGCAACUUCAAGGUCCGUCACCUGCUCAGCGUCAAGGUCCUCCUCCAGGGCAACUUCAAGGUCCGUCACCUGCUCAGCGUCAAGGCCCGUCACCUGCUCAGCGUCAAGGUCCUCCUCCAGGGCAACGUCAAGGUCCUCCACCUGCUCAGCGUCAAGGUCCCCCACCAGGACAGCGUCAGGGAUCCCUCCCUCCAAUUGCCCUCCCUCAGCGUCCCCCUCCGAUACAGCGCCAGGUUCCUUUGUCUGCGCAGCGUCCAGGGCCUUUGCCAGUUGCUAUUCCCCAGCUCCCUCGACAUGGUGCGCCUCCCCAACAGCCAGCCUUUUCUGGCCGCUCUCGUCCUCCCGCCGGUUCAGGAAGCCCGUAUGGUCAGAGCCAACAAGCACCGAGUUCUCCACGAUCUAGCGAUAUGUCUGGCUUGCCUCAUGGCUCCCCACUCGCUCAAAAGAGAAAUUCACCUGCUCGAUCACCGAGCAUUAGUGCUCUACCCCGUGACUCGGUCUCUGGGAGCCCUCUGA